UGCGCAAGGACAUCCAAACUCCAUGGCUCCUUUUAUGAUUUGCUUCGUCUUCCUGCAUCUUUUCUUUCUGAGCAAUGCUCAUUAUGGCCUGGCUGUGCAUCCUGUGAAUCCAGUGGUGGCUCUUGGAGGGUCCUUGAAACUGAACUGCUCCAUUAAUUGUCCUCUGGGUAGAACAUCCUGGAAAGGGCUUGACACCAACCUGAAUGGACAAUAUAUUGGUCCUGGUUACAGUGUCCAGACCAUAGAAAAUGCAAGUGUGGCUAUGGCAGGCACCAGAAUCUGUGUGGGAACCUGUCCUGGUAUCCGCAAGAAUUUGCAGGCAUCUGUGUACCUGUAUGUAUAUGCUCUACCACAAUCUCUGCUUCUAAACUAUAGCAUGAAAAAUGGCAUCCUCUAUCUGCACUGUUCUGUGAACGACAUAUAUCUUCCUGAUGACGUCCCCACCGAAAUCAACUGUUACAGAUGGUCCAAAAAGUUGGAUGGUCCCAUUGAGGAAAAGGCGGAGAACAAUGGAGAAUACCUCACCACUGUCACUUGGAGCUGGGAGGUCCGCGAUGAGGACUGGAAAUCAGACACCCAAUACAAGUGUGAGGCAAUGGUAGAGUUGGGUGACCAUGUGCUCAAAAGAGAGGGAUCCCUGAAGAUAUCAAAUAAAGCUUUGACGGAUUCUUUUACCACGUCUGGGAUGCAGGAAAGAGGUGCAUUAAGAAAUGAACAAUCAACCAUUCUGGAUAAAGACAUGACAAAUACUGUGACACAGGACAACAAAUCUAAUACUCUGAGGACAACAAUGAGUAGUCAUGGAACCCAAAAAACAGUUCUGUCCACAAGAUUACCCAGAACAGCUUUCACACAUCAGCCCAUUACCUCACAAGGAAUCCCAGAGACUGACACAACAUCACUGACUGUAACCCAAACCAUAAACAAAGUAGAGACAAAUGCAGCUUCCACCUCCCAUACUGGAGUUACUUCAUCCAGGCGCCUAGAAACCUCUUAUGUGAAAACCAUUGUUGCAGCCUCGAUGGAUUCUCAUACCACGUCUGGGAUGAAGGAAAGAGGUGCACUAAGAAAUGAACAGUCAACCAUUCUGGAUAAAGACAUGACAAAUACUGUGACACAGGACAACAAAUCUAAUACUCUGAGGACAACAAUGAGUAGUCAUGGAACCCAAAAAACAGUUCUGUCCACAAGAUUACCCAGAACAGCUUUCACACAUCAGCCCAUUACCUCACAAGGAAUCCCAGAGACUGACACAACAUCACUGACUGUAACCCGAACCAUAAACAAAGACGGAUUGAGCCUUGUGUUAACUAUUGCCUCUGCUGCUGGUCUGGCUGGGAGUAUACUACUUUCUCUGCAAAUGUGGAAACACCUGAACAGGAAGGGGUUCUUUCAACCCAAACAGAUAAACAGGUCAGGAGGAAACGAAGACACAAAAUUGCAAGAUAAUAUAAUCAGCUUGCAGGAUGUAUAGUCUCUUAAUGCCUCCACCAAGAUGAAGUACUCUGUGUACUAACACAACUAAAUAUGUGCUCAUGUGCUCUAUCAUCACUACUUAUGGGAGAAAACGCACAAUACAAUAUUGUGGUUGAUAGACAACACAUUAGUUCUGUGAAAAAACUUUGCAAAAUAACUGACUACUGGUACAGAGUACAGAGAGAGAGGAUGUCAAUUCCACGUGUCAUACCAGCUGAAGUAGCCAACAUACGUGAUGAAGAACCUUGGAACCACUGUCAUAAACAUAACCUCUGCAAGCUUAAAUAAUGCCUCAUGCAGAGAUGAUGUCUUCAAUCAUAUAGAGUCACCCUCUCAAGAACAUGACAAAUUAUCUAUGGAUGAAUGAAAGAACAAAUAGCAAUUAAUUAAUUCUGCUGCACCGUGUGGUUGGAUAAGG